AUGUUUGGAAAGUUAGUGGGAACUAUUCUAGGACCUAUCCAAUUAGGAAGCAAUAAGAGGUAGGCAGCCACAACUGGUUUACCAAGUUCUCUAACUUCCUGCUGAGCUUUGUGGAGAAUAUCUAAAAUGUCUAAAAUGAAAAACCCUCAGACUUUUGAGGAGCAAACAGAAUGCAUCGUGAAUGCUCUACUCAUAGACUUCACGACCCCAAGAUGCUACACUGAUAACAGGAACCUACCGGAUGCAGACGAACCAUGUUCAGGAGAGGACUCCUCUUUUGAUGUGGCUGUCAUUGCUGGCCGCCUUCGAAUGCUGGGUGACCAGUUCAACGGAGAGCUGGAGGCUUCUGUCAAUAAUAUCAUUGCGGAAACCAUUCGAGGACAGGAAGGAACUAUACUCAAGGACGCAGUGCAGUCUCUCAGCAGAACCUGGUGCACUCUGGAUCCUACCUUAGCUUUUGAACGAGCCUUUUUGGCAGUGUCAGUAAAACUUCUUCAGUAUGUGGCCCAUAGGAAUCCUACAGUGGCAAAAAAGGUGGCUGCCAGCAUGACAAGCAUGAUCAAUGGAAACACAGCCAUCCGAGGGUUUAUCCAGGACCAGGGAGGAUGGGAAAACCUGGAGAGCUGAAGAAGAGGGGUUCUGCCCAGACUGAACACCACUUCCUCUGACAGAGUGGGUGGGUGACUGAUUUCUGACAAUUAAAACUUGCUUGUUUUCAAUCCCUCCA